AUGUAUGGUAUAACAGCAUUCGGUUCAAAUGGAGCAAGGUCAGCCGGUUCAAAUGGAGCAAGAACAGCCGGCUCAAAUGGAGUAAGAUCAGCCGGUUCAAAUGGAGCAAGAUCAGCCGGUUCAAAUGGAGUAAGAUCAGCCGGUUCAAGUGGAGCAAGAUCAGCCCUUUCAAGUCCGAGCGGAGAACCACGAAAAGCCAAAAUUAAGAAAAAAGAUGAGGACAAAAUGAGAAAUGAUCACGGAAAUAACAUGCUUUUGAUCCUGGUUGAUAAAAUUUCAAAGAAAAAAGCAAAAGUUGUUGAUGACGAAAAUUAA